GCGCUGUCUGCCCCCUCGACGACUCACAAGAAAGAACGUGCGGAGUGAGACUUGUCGUCGAGAUUGUGGGCCUGAUGUGUGUCGUGAAGCGAGUGAGAGUAGUUGUACUGCCUGUUCGAUGGAUGAGAAGGAGAGGACGAGGAGCUCUGCUACUGCUGUCCUUGUCUGUCUGUCUGUCUGUCUGACGUCGAUGCCGCUGUCGUCGGCGUCAGUCGAUCGUCGUCGUCGAGUGUUGAGUUGGACUGCUCGCCGCGGCGUGCGCUUGUUGCUUGGUCUCGUCCGUCUGUCUGUCUCUCCUCCUCCUCGCUGCCCUUUGCGGGCGAGACAGCAACGAUUGGCCGGGCCAGGCUCUCCAAGUCGCGACGGACGGCCACGCCGCUCGAGCGCCCCUCUUUUGCCCGCCGUCGACGGCGUCACACUCAGGCCAACUCAUCUCUCGAGAGCCCACCUCGAGCUCGGCGGCCCCUUUCCGUUCCGACCCACUCAACGCAACAUCAUCUCCACCAACUCGAGACUGGAGCGGCGAGGGCCACGCACGCCUCGCGCAUGUCGCAGCCAAUCGUCUCUCCGUUACCACUGCCCGUGAUCACCACCACCACCAACGUCUACGCCGCCACUUAGCAGCCGCCGCCAUCACUAUGGAGGAGCUAGGCAUCACCAGCGUCUCGACGUCAGCGGACCCGGCUCUGGCCAGCGCCGUCGACGACCAGACGCGCGUCCACAUCGAGGCUCAGCAGGAGGAUGACACAUUUCUCAGAUUCAAGUGAGUGUGACGCCGGCGAGGCUCAUGAGGUGAUGGCGGUAUUGACAUUUUUGCGCAUUCGCUCACA